AUGACCGGCUCAUCUGUUGCGCCGCCGCCGCCACUACGGCCGAGUGUUCGACGCUCACAGCGAGCAGCAAACAUGAAGCUUGCCGUCAAAAGCCAGGCGCCCGAGUCUUUGAAGCGCGCCCCGUCGCAGACGCCGCCGUUGGAGAAGCGGGUUUCCAAAAAGAUCAAGACAGAACCAGUCUCCCCAGCCAAGCGGCAGACUAGCACUCGUCCCCGAAAGGCCACCACCGCCAUCACAGUCGACGAGGUAACCACCAGCAAAUCACUUGGCCUCAAGGAGCGAAAGCUGAAGACGCUGUCGGCAUUCUCCAAGCAAGCCCCCUUUCCAAACCAUGUCCGUCCCACAGCCGAGGAAUGCAGAGUGGCCCACAAGAUUCUUGCCCAGCUGCAUGGCGACCGCAAUCGUCCACAGGCCGUUGUUGCGCCCAUCAAUGCCGCCGGCUGCGGAGACUCGCCUUCCGUCCUAGACGCUCUUGUCCGUACCAUAUUGUCGCAGAACACGAGCAACAAGAACAGCACGCGUGCAAAGCUGAGCAUGGACCAAGAGUACGGAGGCAGUGACAGGUGGGAAGAAAUUGCCAGCGGCGGCCAGGCGCGACUCGAAAAGUCCAUCCAGUCCGGCGGCCUGGCUGCCAUAAAAAGCAAAGUCAUCAUCAACAUACUGCAGCAGACGAGAGAAAAGUACGGCGUGUAUUCGCUGGACCACUUGUUUGGCGUCUCUGACGAGGAGGCCAUGAAGGAACUGAUAGCCUUCCAGGGCGUUGGACCCAAGACGGCAAGCUGCGUCCUCCUCUUUUGCCUGCAACGGCCGAGUUUUGCUGUGGAUACUCAUGUGCAUCGCAUCGCAGGCCAUCUGGGCUGGCGGCCAGCUUCGGCCGGUCGUGAGGAAACCCAGGCUCAUCUGGAGGCAGUCGUGCCGGACGAGGAGAAGUAUCCACUGCAUGUUCUCUUCGUGACUCAUGGGAGAGAGUGCCGAGAAUGCAAAGCUGGCGGGAAAAGCGCGGGAACCUGUGCGUUGAGGAGGGCGUUCAAAGGCGGCCGGUUUGGCGAGGAAGUACAGCUGCUUGUCACGAAAGAGGAGCCUUGA